UUAGGGCUGGGUUAGAGACGAAGCCUCCAUCUCCCACAGACGCCAUCCAGCUAUCGAUUCCAUCGCCGCUGCCCUAUUUGCAGUUCAUCUCUUCUCGCUCACAAUUGUAAUCGAAGAAACGCCUAUCUCCGGCCGGACGAUCUCAAGAGGAAGCUCCAGUCAGCAUCUCAGAUCCCUCAAGCCCUAGGCUACAAACUCUCUUAAGAUUAAGCUCUCACGGCAUAGCUAGAAAUGUGAGAUUCAGCUAUGAAGGACGACAACGAGACUGAAGAAAAGAAACAAGCUGCAGCAGAUGCACUGUCUCAAUAUUCAAGGUUUGUAAUGGGCUGUAUCGGGAAUCAAGUACGGCCUUGUGACUUUAGGAUGCACUUGAUGAAGGAAAUAUCAAGCUUGCCAACGACAUUGAAGAGGGAGUCCCGUGCAGCAGCACCAUCUUCUCUUGAUAUAAUUGGUGAAUCUUCCAGCUCGGGUACAUCCAGACUCGAUAAAACAGAAAGUUUUCGAGGUAUCUAGCUAGACUGGACAGCAGCAUAUUAUAUUAUCCAUAUGUGUUAUCAUACAGUCACCAUCCUGCUUAUGCAACUCCUUCCUUUCACCCCUUUCACAUUCUUGCAAGACAUAAAACAAUUGUCAGUGUGAAACAUGGGAGAGGGGGUAUAUUAGGCUCGUUUUUCAGUAACUAUGGUUUGUUUUGAAAGUGUUUCGUGGCUUCUGUGAAAGCAUUGUGUUUGUUUCAAGACACCUUUUGUCUUCUGAUAAGCGACAUUGAUCCUCU